AUGGCGCUCGGGCUGCUCAUCGCGGUGCCGCUGCUGCUGCAGGCGGCGCCCCCCGGAGCGGCGCACUACGAGAUGAUGGGCACGUGCCGCAUGAUCUGCGACCCCUACACGGCCGCACCCGGCGGGGGACCCGCGGGCGCCAAGGUACCGCCGCCCGGACCCAGCACCGGCGCCCUGGAAGUCAUGCAGGACCUCAGUGCCAAUCCCCCGCCCCCCUUCAUCCAGGGACCCAAGGGCGACCCAGGGCGACCCGGCAAGCCCGGACCGCGGGGACCCCCUGGAGACCCGGGCCCCCCUGGACCCAGGGGCCCCCCGGGGGAGAAGGGAGACUCGGGACGGCCGGGGUUGCCGGGGCUGCAGCUGACGGCGGGCACUGCGGGCGGCGUCGGGGUGGCGGGCGGCGGAGCCGGGGGCGGCGGCGACUCCGAGAGCGAGGUGACUAGCGCACUGAGCGCCGCCUUUAGCGGCCCCAAGAUCGCCUUCUACGUGGGUCUCAAGAGCCCGCACGAAGGCUACGAGGUGCUCAAGUUCGACGAUGUGGUCACCAAUCUCGGCAACCACUACGACCCCACCACGGGCAAGUUCAGCUGCCAGGUGCGCGGCAUCUACUUCUUCACCUAUCACAUCCUCAUGCGUGGGGGCGACGGUACCAGCAUGUGGGCGGAUCUCUGCAAGAACGGUCAGGUCCGGGCCAGCGCCAUCGCGCAGGACGCAGAUCAGAACUACGACUAUGCCAGCAACAGCGUGGUGCUGCACCUGGACUCGGGGGACGAGGUGUACGUGAAGCUGGACGGCGGGAAGGCGCACGGAGGCAACAACAACAAGUACAGCACCUUCUCGGGCUUUCUUCUCUACCCGGACUAG